GAAAUGCCCUAGUUUGCAGCACAGUUCAUACCUUCUCUCCCUUAGUGGCCCUUUAUCAUCAGCCCCUGUCUGAGGUCCAAGUCGCUGUAUUUGUUUAGAUCAUAAUUCGCUGCCUUUCAGUGGUGCCCCAAGACUUGUGAAGUGAAUAUUGACACCCAUCACCACCACCACGCUGGUCCUUAGGCUACUGGAAAUACUAAGUGCCACAGUUCAUCAGAUACUUAUUACUGUAUACUUAUUACUGCCACACCAUUUUGUGGUUUGUCGGUCUCUAAUGUCUUGAAAAGGUCACCCAGGUAAUUGUGUGUAGGCUAAUUAUUUAAUUCCAAUGGUGCACAAUCACAUGAUAUCAGAGCUGGAUUAUUCCUGUCUUUCUCUGCCGCAGAUCUUUGACGAGGUGGAGAAGCGGCGCCAGAUCUCCAUGGCGAUGAUCUACCCGUUCAUGCAAAGCCUCAGGGAGGCGCCGUUCCCUGCCCCAGGCAACACAGUCAAGAUCAAGAGCUUCAUCCCUGACAAAGGCACUGAGGUUAGCACCCUGACGUGUCCGAUGUAACCACAUGGCUAAAUUGGCAUAGCACAAUGACAUGCUGUUCCUUGAGACCUGGGUCAUAUUCAUUUGGGAACACUGUAUCAAAACAUUAGGAUUGGAAUAAUUGGUUGUAAUGAAAACCAGCAUACACAGUUCCAAGAGUUGAGAAACAUCCACGUUGAUAGCUGUAGCGGUCGGUGUCGUUUAAGAUGAGGGAGGACGAUUAUUUUUAUUAUGAGCAUGGCCUUAUUUCUAUUACAGCAUAUUGGAUGACUGUCAUUCAUAUUGCAUUCACCCAGUUCAAUGUAACAUCGAUAGGUUUAGGCUACUACAUGAUACUUGAAUUUUCCCUAUACCCAUCAUGAGGUUGCUACAACCUAGCCUAUGAAUUGAACGUUUACAACGUAGGUGCACACAGGUCCAGAGAAAAAUUGGAGGUGACCGACAAUGACACGUGGACAGACAGUGACAUUCAAUACCGCCUUGCACACUCUUGCUUGCAUCUAUCUGAUCUAGGGUGUAAUCAUUAGUCCAACAGUUGCAAACGAGAGUUUCUAUUGGACAAAUUCAGGUAUGUUUAUCCCCGUUUCAUUCCGUUUGCUUACGUUUAAGAAACGUUUUAACAGAAUCAAAAGAAUGAAUACACCCCUGAUCACACGUAAACACAGUUCACUUUCAUAGCACCAUGGUGCUACCCUACAGAGUGCUGUUGAGGCUACUGUGGACCUUCAUUGCAAAACAGUGUGUUUUAAUCAAUUAUUUGGUGACGUGAAUAUAUUUAGUAUAGUUUUAUCUAAAAAGGAUAACUUUUCACUAUUUUUAUGAAAUUCACUGAGGAUGUUCCCCACAAUGACAGGUAAAAAAACAAAAACAACACCUUGACAGGUGAAAAGCAAUAUGGUAGAAACCUACCCAGGCCCUGUCACUAAUGUGAUCAUCCAGGCCAGGAGAAGAGAAUGGGCUGGGUGUAUUCAGUAGGAACCAAACGGAAGCAAACUGAAGCCAACAAAACGGGAAGGGUCCUACGGUCCUACCAAAAAUGAUUGUUUCCGUUGCAAAAAGUAAAAUGUUUUUCUAUGGUGUAUGACUAACAAAUACACCCCUGGGUGAAGGGUACUCACCUUCCAAGCUACAGAAAGUAACGAUAAACACACAAUAAGCACACAGCUAGAGAGGAAGGGAGCUGGGAGUCAUUAAAGGAAGGAGACAACACUAACAAGAUGCACAAAGCUAGUUGGACAUAAAGAGCCCAAGACAAGGAACACACACAGCUAGAGAAAAGGAGACACAAUGCCAUCAGUUGAAGAUGCAUUUACUAAAAUGAAAAGGAAACAUCCUAUUUUCCUGGAAUAAUGCUGAUGACACACACAGCCAACAUGAAAAGAGGAACAUCAAUGCUACAGUGGGGAAAAAAAGUAUUUAGUCAGCCACCAAUUGUGCAAGUUCUCCCACUUAAAAAGAUGAGAGGCCUGUAAUUGUCAUCAUAGGUACACGUCAACUAUGACAGACAAAAUGAGAAAAAAAUUCCAGAAAAUCACAUUGUAGGAUUUUUAAUGAAUGUAUUUGCAAAUUAUGGUGGAAAAUAAGUAUUUGGUCAAUAACAAAAGUGUCUCAAUACUUUGUAAUAUACCCUUUGUUGGCAAUGACACAGGUCAAACGUUUUCUGUAAGUCUUCACAAGGUUUUCACACACUGUUGCUGGUAUUUUGGCCCAUUCCUCCAUGCAGAUCUCCUCUAGAGCAGUGAUGUUUUGGGGCUGUCGCUGGGCAACACGGACUUUCAACUCCCUCCAAAUAUUUUCUAUGGGGUUGAGAUCUGGAAACUGGCUAGGCCACUCCAGGACCUUGAAAUGCUUCUUACGAAGCCACUCCUUCGUUGCCCGGGCGGUGUGUUUGGGAUCAUUGUCAUGCUGAAAGACCCAGCCACGUUUCAUCUUCAAUGCCCUUGCUGAUGGAAGGAGGUUUUCACUCAAAAUCUCACGAUACAUGGCCCCAUUCAUUCUUUCCUUUACACGGAUCAGUCGUACUGGUCCCUUUGCAGAAAAACAGCCCCAAAGCAUGAUGUUUCCACCCCCAUGCUUCACAGUAGGUAUGGUGUUCUUUGGAUGCAACUCAGCAUUCUUUGUCCUCCAAACACGACGAGUUGAGUUUUUACCAAAAAGUUCUAUUUUGGUUUCAUCUGACCAUAUGACAUUCUCCCAAUCCUCUUCUGGAUCAUCCAAAUGCACUCUAGCAAACUUCAGACGGGCCUGGACAUGUACUGGCUUAAGCAGGGGGACACGUCUGGCACUGCAGGAUUUGAGUCCCUGGCGGCGUAGUGUGUUACUGAUGGUAGGCUUUGUUACUUUGGUCCCAGCUCUCUGCAGGUCAUUCACUAGGUCCCCCCGUGUGGUUCUGGGAUUUUUUCUCACCGUUCUUGUGAUCAUUUUGAUCCCCACGGGGUGAGAUCUUGCGUGGAGCCCCAGAUCGAGGGAGAUUAUCAGUGGUCUUGUAUGUCUUCCAUUUCCUAAUAAUUGCUCCCACAGUUGAUUUCUUCAAACCAAGUUGCUUACCUAUUGCAGAUUCAGUCUUCCCAGCCUGGUGCAGGUCUACAAUUUUGUUUCUGGUGUCCUUUGACAGCUCUUUGGUCUUGGCCAUAGUGGAGUUUGGAGUGUGACUGUUUGAGGUUGUGGACAGGUGUCUUUUAUACUGAUAACAAGUUCAAACAGGUGCCAUUAAUACAGGUAACGAGUGGAGGACAGAGGAGCCUCUUAAAGAAGAAGUUACAGGUCUGUGAGAGCCAGAAAUCGUGCUUGUUUGUAGGUGACCAAAUACUUAUUUUCCACCAUAAUUUGCAAAUAAAUUCAUUAAAAAUCCUACAAUGUGAUUUUCUGGAAUUUUUUUCUCAAUUUGUCUGUCAUAGUUGACGUGUACCUAUGAUGAAAAUUACAGGCCUCUCUCAUCUUUUUAAGUGGGAGAACUUGCACAAUUGGUGGCUGACUAAAUACUUUUUUUCCCCACUGUAAGCCUGCAAGACAAAAGCGUCUUCAUAGAGCAGGGUUCCCCAACUUUGGGUUUUCACUUGAGAUUAUUUAUAGUGGUGAAUGUCAUCCCCAUUAUCUGUCUGUCUGUCUCUCAUGCUGCAAGAGCUCUGAUAGGUUGGAGGACGUCCUCCGGAAGUUUUCAUAAUUGCACACACACACACACUGCACUGAAAUAGGAGAGGUAUUACUGAGGUGAGAUGUUCCAAUCCUAUCCUGCAACAGGCCCUUUGUUUCACAGUUAACCCCCACACACACUAUUUGUUUAGUGGUUGCUGUAUAUUAUCUGUACGUUUAGGUCUGAUUACUUUAGUAAACUGCUAUAUAUUUUAGCAAGCACACUCAUGAAAAACUUAGGCUGAACCAUGCCUCUGAAAAAUAAACUGUGCCUCAAACUCGGCCGGGACAUACUUUCAAUGGUGCUAUCCCACUUCUGAUACCGUUGUAGUUCAUUAGGGUGCUAUGCCGACCGGGACUCAAACCCUGGUCCCUGUGACUGCCAUUCCAAAACCUUAGCCAUUAUACCAAGAGUUAAGCCAACCUUAUUAAGAGGCUAAAAUCUCAUUUUUCCCCCUGCUAGCUUGCCUUAAUUUUCAAAACAUUUUUAUCCGUUAGUAAAUCAACUUUGUAUUGCUUUAGUGUAUAUAACAACUUGGUGACGGUGGUAACAUUUACUGUACAUAACAUGUUUUUGACAUGGUGGUGACAUAUACAUAACAUCUUGGUCACAGUGGUGACGUGUAGAUAAGAGUUGACACUCUCCCAUCCAGAUCAUCAGUCUGACGCGGCCGUUGGACUCGUGGCUAGAGCACGUGGACUUCCGCACACUCUUCCGCUGCUUGACCGACGAGGAGGUUCUGCUCGUGUUCGCUGCUGCCGUUAUGGAGCGACGCAUCGUCUUCAUAGCCGAGGAGCUCAGGUACUGCACACACACACACACACUAUUACUUACUACUCAAAUCAACAUAGUCGUCUGAAACGCAUGCAUCAACUCUGUCAAUGGGCACUUAUUAUAAAAACAUCAUUGCAUAUCAAUAUGAAACAAGAUGUUCCUUACACGUUGAGGACCACUCAGAAAUAAAAACCCAAAAUCACAUAAGGAUAAGCUUCAAGGGGGUAUCAAAAGUUAAUUGUUCACACAGUUACACACAUUCCAGGAGUUGGAACCGAAAUUAUUUUUCAAUCGUUUAAUUUUGAACAGAACCUCUAUUUUUGUCGUUCCGACCAGCAAAAUAAAGUUCUGAACCGGUUCAAACCCCCAAACAGUACCGGUUUAUAUAAUUCCUUUGUUAACCUGUGAUAUAUACACUAACGUUGAAAAGUUUGGGGUCCCUUAGAAAUGUCCUUGUUUUCGAAAGAAAAUCAAUUUUUUGGUCCAUUAAAAUAACAUCAAAUUGAUCAGAAAUACAGUGUAGACGUUGUUAAUGUUGGAAAUGGCUAUUGUAGCUGGAAAUGGCUGAUAAAAAAAAAAAAAGGAAUAUCUACAUAGGCGUACAGAGGCCCAUUAUCAGCAACCAUCAGUCCUGUGUUCCAAUGGCACGUUGUGUUUGCUAAUCCAAGUUUAUCAUUUUAAAAGGCUAAUUGAUCAUUAGAAAACCCUUUUGCAAUUAUGUUAGCACAGCUGAAAACUGUUGUGCUGAUUAAAGAAGGAAUAAAACUGGCCUUCUUGAGACUAGUUGAGUAUCUGGAGCAUCAGCAAUUGUGGGUUCGAUUACAGGCUCAAAAUGGCCAGAAACAAAUAACUUUCUUCUGAAACUCGUCAGUCUAUUCUUGUUCUGAGAAAUGAAGGCUAUUCUAUGCGAGAAAUUGCCAAGAAACUGAAGAUCUCUUACAACGCUGUGUACUACUCCCUUCUCAGAACAGCGCAAACUGGCUUUAACCAGAAUAGAAAGAGGAGUGGGAGGCCCCGGUGCAAAACUGAGGUCCUCAACAGGUCCUCAACUGGCAGCUUCAUUAAAUAGUACCCGCAAAACACCAGUCUCAACGUUAACAGUGAAGAGGCGACUCCGGGAUGCUGACCUUCUAGGCAGAGUUGCAAAGAAAAAGCCAUAUCUCAGACUGGCCAAUAAAAAUAAAAGAUUAAGAUGGGCAGUCUAAGACAUUUCUAAGUGACCCCAAACUUUUGAACGGUAGUGUGUAUAUAUUUUUUACAUUUAGCUCAUUCAAUUACUUCAGCAAUCAGUGCGGAUAGAGCAGGCAAGCUAGUUGUUUACAUGCGUGAUGGACAAAGUGUAGCCUAUGGCGCAAGGAGGCUUGAAGCUCUGGGAAUCUUGUUAUGACAUGCAUUAUCUGAAUUAGGUACACUGAAUUAUACAUAGGAGGGAGCGGCUUUUAUGGAAGAACUUUGAAUGACCUUUGAGCUAGCUAUCUAACAAGCGUGUUUGCAGAGCGGCACCAGAAUUAAAAACACGUCUUACCUUUUUUUUGUGAAUAAAUCCAACGUGAUAACUAGGCCUAUGGUAUCCUUAACUAGCAUUGAAAAAGUUAAACCAUUCUUCUCUAGCUAAUUAAAAAUCUCUCUCCCUAUCUUCUGAAUCAUGCUUGUAAUGUCAGUACAGUAGCCUAAACACGGACAGGCAAAUAUGUUCACCUUGCAGGCGGACACUGGAAUACGUUUCUGAGUGACGAAGUGAGGGCUUUGCAUAGGCGCUUUGCGUUAUUUUGUGGGACUAGAAAAAAAUGCCUGGAACUUAAAAUAACUUUAUUAACCGGUUCUCAUGCUUUUUAAAUAACAGUUCUCUUAAGGAAGAGUAUGGAUCACUUUAGUUUUCAGUUCCGUUACUUCCCACGGGGGGCCAGUAUGAAAAAUGUAUGCACUCACUAAUUGGAUAAGAGCGUCUGCUAAAUGACUCAAAUGUAUAAUGUUGAACCAACCCCUGACAUACACGCUGAAUAAGUGUGACCUCUGACUCUCUCUCUCUCCUUAGCACACUGUCCCAGGUGAUCCACGCCGUGGCCGCCCUGCUCUACCCCUUCACCUGGCAGCACACCUUCAUCUCCAUCGUCCCCGAGAUCCUCAUUGACGUGGUCAUGGCACCCACCCCCUACCUGCUGGGAGUGCAGAAGCGGCUCCUGGAACAGGUCACGGACCAGAGCGACGUGAGUCACCCCCACCAAAGAAACUCUGAUGAUGUUACAGCAAUGUUGGCUUCGACACACAGGCUUCACUCACGUUAAUUCCUGAAAGCCUGGGGAAGUUGUUGGCAGGAAGACUCUCUAAAAAGGGGUGGAGUACGGUAGCAUCUAGAUUAACUCUAAUGAUGAAUUGCCACUUCUCAAACCAAUCACAUAUUUUUGCAUGGGUUGAGCUCCAAACAGAGGUGGUUUCUGAACAUUUUACUGACUUGCAACAAGAUGCCUAACAUAAGAUACAAAAAACCAAAGCAACAGUAAACAUGUCAUUCCCUACGAAUGAUGCAGCGCCCCCCUUAGGCCAAUUGAGUUAUCGCGUGUGACUAACACAUUUCAGUUCAUUACUAUAGCUCCUACCUUAAGCCAAUCAGUGUAAUUUUGUCAAUGCCGGAUUUCUAUGGCAACACGCAUCAUUCACCCAAGUUUCGUCAGAAUCGGCCCAGUGCUGUCUGUGCAUGUGACUAAGGUACGAACAAAUGGGCGGAGACAGAUCCACAGUCCCCUCCACGAUUUCAUCGUGGGGGACAAUAACACUACAUAGGCUACUAAAACGUUGUCCGAGAUGGUAGGAAAAGAGGCACGGACAAAACAAUAAAAAGUUAAAUGCCUUUGCUGAGGGGAUAUGGCAUGUCUUCUCGGAGCCAAUCAAAUGCGAGUGUUAACAGCCAGCCAUUAAAACACAAAAAUCCAAUACUGAAGUUUUCCCGACUUUCAAUAGUUACGUCAACGAGACGAGAUUUGGAAGGAUGGCCCUGUGAUUAGAUUUUUGAUUAGAUUUAUUUUAUUACCUAAACACUUAAAUACAUAAGAAUCAUAACAAAAUACGGCUUUCACCUCGUCACACUACAUAAACAAUACACUUCUUCUCCCCAGGCUUUGAAAAUAAGUAGUGAGACUACAACAAAGUUAUCACAAUACCAGUUAAAUGUCAAACAUUAGAACUAAUGACAUGGGCCCUUUCCAGAAACAACACCUAAACCCCUUGUAUAGAUCUGAAAAGAUUGGAUAGAAGUCUGCUAUCCUAUUUGACUUAAAGCACAGGAAGGGCCAAGGGGUAGGGGCAAAGGGGUUGUUCCUGGAUCAGACCUUGGCUCUAUCUGAAUGUAUCUUUCCUUGAUUCCUCGCCUCCUUCACAAUGUAUUGGAGGAGAUGGUCCAAGGUCCCUAGCCUCGGACCUCCUCCAAUGCAUUUUGAGAAGGAGGCGAGGAAUCAAGGAAAGAUUAAUUGAGAAAGAGCCCCUGAAUGACUGGAUGGGAAGUUUGUGAGUCUUGGUAGUAAUAGUGAUGGAUUGGUGUUGGAAUACUGAUUUGUAGGGUCUGUUUUCCCCAACACAGCUGCUUGUUGUGGACUUGUCAGAGGAUAAGGAGGACACUUUCCUAGUUCGAGUAAGUGACUGAAAUAUGUCCUAAGUUUACCUUUUUUUCCCUCUUUUUUUAAAUCACAUUUACUCACAUAUAUGCAUUGUAUGCUCUUUUGAAUUGAAAUUCCGUUUAUUAUGUGUACUGUUUUGCACUUAAUACUAUGGGAGAAAUGGGAAUUUUGCUUUGUCAGACCAUUAAAUAUUCUGUUUUAUAGAGCGGAGAUGAGAAGUCUAUUCUGCCCCCUAAGCUCCAAGAUGAAAUACUGCAGGCACUAAGAAAUAGGAAAGAAAAAGCCAGUGAGUAUAUUUUGAUAUCAGCCUUUGCAACAAAUGCCUGAACAAAUGUGAAACGGGAAACCGCUUUAUUUCACAAUUGGAAAAUAGGUUUUCCGUCAGAUGUUUUUGCAAGAGGCAAGUGUUGCAUGGGGUAUUUUAUUUAUUUAUUUCAGAUUGUAUUGCUAUUUUUUCACCUACAGUACCGCAUCAGGUGUGCAGAUGGCCAUACUUUGAUGAAUACAUAAUUUUAAUUAACUGUAACCAUUAAAUAUAGAUUGUUUAUACUCUCUUUGAUACUUUCAAAGUAAUGUGAGGUUUAGGAAAAUUAUCAUGUCAUCAUAAGAUACUGGUUGUUCGCACACAAGGUGAAAGGUCAACGUGAUGCCUUACUAUGGUACUAUAGAUCCAGAGUGUUAUGGCUCACGAGCACAGCCAAAUAACACCUCGGUCGGAGCCACCUGGACUGUGGCUAAACGUGUGUGUGUACCAUUUCCCACGCAGCUGUGGAGGAGCUGAACAGGGUGGUCUCGGAAGCCUUCCUGCCCUUCUUUGUGAAGACUGUCGGCCAUUUUGCCUCAUACGUGACGCGGAAAGGAAGCGGGCAGCCGGGGGUGUUUCAGAGCAAGGCCUUCUACAAGGCCAUUGAGUCCAAGACCACGCGGCACUUUGUCAAGAAGUUCCUCCAGACCCAGAUGUUUGACCUGUUUAUCCAGGAGAUGGAGCAGCAGCCAGCAAGCCUCCAGCAAGGUGAGAAGGCCCUCUCGCCUCUGGGGCCCCCUAGUGUGUGUGCAAGAGAGAGAGCUUUAAUACAUACUUGCAUAACAUGAGUAUUUGAAAGCUAUAUAAAAUGUUAGAAAAUAUAUCUAAAGUUUAACAUGGGAAUGAAGCUGGGUUGUUCUUCUGGGAUAACAUGCCUCUUGUUCGCUUAUCAUUAAUUUACUCAUUUAUCAUCACCCCCUUGUUUUUUUCAGGAAUUUUCCACAAAAAGAUUGUUGAAUACCAGGAAAAGAAGAAAAGAGAGAAGGCAAAGAAGAAAUAGUAUCUUGUGAAUACACUGUAAACGAGGCUAUGAUAUAGAGUAGAAGGGAUUUACUGUAGAUGUGUGAUAAUAAAAUAGAUUUUUACAGAUGUACAUAUUGGAAGUGAAUAAUUUGUAUUUAUAGUUUAUGUAUGAGGUUGUGGGUAUGUUUAAUGUGCUGCUACUGUAUAUGACAGAUGGUUGACAAGACUACUGGUUAGAUGUUUUGUCAGAAUGAGUGUUAGGUUCAGAUGGUGACAGAUUUUUGAACCCAUGAUUUAGCAGAAAACAAUUCUAAUAAACUUUGAACUUUUACUCCUACUUUCCUGGUUCAAGAAAGCUGUUGCCCAAUAAGUGUGUGUGCACAAGAGGUCACAGACAGGGAAAGAUUGCCAUCAGCUAUGUUGACAAGUCAUAUUAACAACAGAUUUAUUUGUAGAAAAG